AGAGGGCGCUGUGUGUAACUCUCCACCAGCGAGGGAGAAUAAAUAGCCAAGCAUGUGUACCUUUCAAGAUAUAGCAAGUAAACUUCAGCUGCACUCUUUUGAACCUUUUGUCGUUUUUAUUUUUAUUUAGAUGCGAUUUAAAUUUGGGCCACAUCUGUUAUUAGAUUUUAAUUAAAUAAAAUGGCGGCCAAUAUAAAAGAUAAAGAAGCUUUUCAGCGGCUGAACUUCCUCUAUCAAGCUGCACAUUGUGUUUUGGCCCAAAACCCGGAGAACACUGAACUGGCUCGUUUUUACUGUUUCACCCAGAAGACCAUAGCCAAACGCCUGGUGCUGAGACAAGAUCCCUCAGUGAAAAGGACCAUGUGUAAGAAAUGCUGUGCUUUACUGAUACCCGGGGUUACAGCUACUGUCAGACAAAGAAGUUCUCGGCGGCAGCGUGCAACACUAAUACGAUGUCUUGGCUGUGGACAAACCAAAAAGUUUCCUAACAACCCAAAACAUCAGUUGUGGGUGGACCAAUCAGAGGCUCAGUUAGAGAAUCAGCUUCAGCCAGAAGCCAGUCUAUCAUCCAAAGCUUUGACACAGAAGGAUAAACCUGAUAAAUGCAGUACUGUGGCUCCUGUGAUCCAGGAUGCUGCCUCUUAAGUCCAAACUCUGAACUCCUUCAUUUUCAUCACUGUGGGAAUCAGCAUUAGAAGUGUGCUGCUGUGACCUUUUAAGUUAGGUGAAGAUAACCGUGAGAACAGAAUCAUUACAAGCCCAUUGUGCUAAUGCUUAGUUAACUUUAUAUUUUAGACAGCAACAAAUGCUUGAGAUGGGAGAUUAAUGUAAUUUACGGAGGUAAAUCCCAGCUGCAAUGUUUAGUGUUUCCAGUAAUUCUGGUAACUUCCCAGUGUACUGUAGCCUCUGUUAACAGAAGCCACAAAAUACUUAAUAUAUUUAUUUAGGAUUUAUGUUAAUGCUUUAGCCUUUACAUGCACAUCUUAUGAAGCAUGAUGUCAUUGUGUAAAGUUUACACUAAUGUUAAAUUGUUCAGUCGAAAAAUAAAUUGCAGAUAAAUCUUUACAUGAUUUGAGUGACUCAAAUAAUAUUAUAUGUCGAUUUGUGAAAAUGUUUCCUUUUUGUGCGCAAAAAAACUUACACAAUGAGAUGGCACAUGCAUAUUUUAUUCUUGCAAAAUGUAUAAAACUGCUUGUUUUUCUUGCCUGGUGAUCCCUUUCCCCCCUUGUAAAUAAACAUUAUACAGCCA